CUCAUGUCAGCAGAAGGCUCAACCAUCACAGUUCGUCUUGUCCGCUCUUUUGAGCACCGGAAUUUCAGACCUGUGGUGUAUCAUGGAGUUGACUUGGAUCAGACAGUAAAUCAGUUCAUUGCUUUUGUGCAGAAGGAUGUACCUUCAAGAUCAGGACUUCCUCCUCCUUUCAAAAAUUAUAAGUACGAUACAAUGAAGAUUAUUCACCAAGCACAUAAAUCUAAGACUGGUGAACUUGUAGUGAGUUUGGAAGAUGAUGACAAACUGAUUUUGAAAGAAGACAGUACGCUGAAAGCAGCUGGAGUAGCAAACGAGACCGAAUUAGCAUUCUUCUGUGAGGAAGAUUACAGAAACUACAAAGCUAAUCCUGUUUCAGCCUGGUGAAGAUCCCAAGAGAUUGUUUUGUUUUCCCAUACCUGUUGUAAAUUUUCCUUAUUCCGCUUAAUGAGAUUUUUCUUAAAGAUCAAUAAAUCCUAGUGGAUUGCUUUGC